AUGAAGCUUCUUCAUAUGGUUACCAGUUCUCAAAGACUGGCUCAUAACAAUGGCUGGGUGCUGCUGAACUGUAGAAUUAUUGAAAAUGGACCAAAUGUUGAUCCUGUGCCAACACCCAAACUCCGUGUGAAUCAUUCUGACAAUGUCUUCAUCUCUGGAGAAAUCAUCAGCUUUGAAUGUCAAAGCAACAAUAAGGGCUCACCUAGUCAGUGGACAUUAUAUAAAAAUGGUCAGCUGGUCCCAGGUAAUAUCAAGUAUGGAGAAAGAUACAGUUUGGAAGCUACAAAAGAAUCCACUGCUGGAAGCUACUGCUGCAGAUGUGAAAAAACAGUUUUAAACAGAACUAUAGUUUCGGACUAUAGCAGCUCAAUACAAAUUAGUAUUUUUGAUACUCCAGUAAAACCAAGCAUCACUGUACGGUCAGAUGUGUAUAAAGGAGACACUGUCAACAUUUAUUGUGAAGUACCACAUAUUUUUAAAGCAACCAAGGCCUUUUUUUAUAAAGAAGAUGAAUUAAUCUAUACUUCCAUUGCUGAAGAGCUUAAGAACACUUCAUCGUUCAAUCUGACAAUCAUUAAUACUAAUAGUUCAAAUGAAGGAAAUUACACAUGCCGGUAUGAAACAACAUUAAGCAGUCAAAUUCUGAACUCUACAAGUAGUGAACCACUUUUUUUCAGAGUACAAGAUGGCAAAAGAAACUUCAGUGGGUAUUAUUGUCUAAUAAAGACAUAGUUUUUCUGACUGUGGCAAAAGCAGUUCAUCAAAUGACGAUGGAAGUGAUUCUGAAGAAAUGAAGCCAAAAGAGUUCGUACUACUUUUUCUUAGAAAUAUGGUUCCUUGGGUGACAUUCAAUUGAUCUAAACUCAAAAUAUCUAAAAGCUGUUGCUGAUGCAAAAUAUCUUAAACUCAAAAUACUGAACAUUUGGAGCUUGCUCUAUUUCACUGCUGUACGUUCCUGGAGUUGGUAUGUAUAAGUUACAAGGGUGUUGGCUGUGGAGAAUGGUCCGCCUCAUUUAUUGAGCUGGGUUUGUAACCACACCUCAUGGUGAAGUGCUAAAGCCACAGUACUGGUAUGUAGGGAAGUACUGGCUAAUUGUGUAAUGAAAGCAUCAAAACGUAAGAGGCAUUUACACACAAAACAUCAAGAAAUAAGAUCAAAACCAAGACAGUUCCUUGAAAGAAAGAGUAUUGAAUUAAAGAUCAGACAGAAGCAGAUGUUCAGUAGUUCACAUAUCAACAUUAUUGCUUUGUGGGAUUCUCAUAAUAUAGCAGUUUGAGUUGAAAAGACUGAAAAAAUAUACAAUUACUGAGGCAUUAGUUAAAGACUGCAUCAAAGAUGUUUGCUUAUAAAUGUUAAGUGAGUCUCAUGUAAUAGAAGGGAGCUCAAGUAGUGCUUUCCAUUGACACUAUCAUGUUUUAUUCAGGAACUGGCUCAUGACAUGAAAGACCAACUCACGAACAAAUAAAGCUGGCAAAGUCUUUUUCAUUACAACUUGAUGAAUGCACAAAUAGUGCUUGCAUGACCAAAUUAUUAUUUUAGUAUAUGUGUGAGCCUGAACAUGAUGGAGAUACGAAGGAAGAAUUAUUUUUCUGCUUCAUUGCCAAAAACACAACUAAAUUUGAACUGUGAAAAACAGUGAAAUAUUAUGUUGUCAACAAAUGUGGUUUGGAGUUUUAAGUUUGGUGUAAGAGUGUAUUCUCAUGGCACAGCUGCAAAGACAGGAACAUAUUCUGCAAUAGUUAUUCAGAUUAAGGAUAAAUGUUCAUUAAAACCCCAAAAAGGUUCAGUAUGUAUACUCACAAUGAAAUGACAUCAUAACUGAUGAUUGAAAGUGAAAUGUUUAGAUGAAAAAAGAGGCACUUUCCUUGUGGAAAGUGUAUUGUUUAUCCUUUUAUAUGUGAAAAGUUUGAUGUGAAUAAUGUAAGAAAAUGUGAUAUUAGGAGUUAUUUUAAAUGCUAUAGUACAGCAGAAGUUUUUGUAGUUUGCUGCCCCUGUAAUUUAUAUUAUAUUGGAAAACUGAAAGAACUCUUUUCAGUUAGAAUUAAAGAACAUCUUAGGCAUAUUCAUAAUGGUGACAUUAACAGUCUGCUAGCAAAACAUUUUUCUGAAUUUCCUGCAGGUAAGAUAGAUGGUUUAAAAGUUAUGGUUUUAGAACAAGUUAACUAAUUUUCAUUAUGGGGUAAUUUUAAAUAUACUUUAUUAUUGAACAAGAGUAUAUGUAUUCUUAAAUUGAAUGCAUUGUGACCUUAUGGCCUUAACCAUUCUUGUAACUGGAAAGGUUUUUUUUUAAUUUUACUUGAAUUUCAUUUGUUGAUCAACUUUGAUGUCAUUUUAUUGUGUUUAUAUGUACUGGAUCUUUUGGGGGUUUUAAUUUAUCCUCCCUAGAAGGCUUGUUGCCAAGGUACCAGGAGAAUAAACAUUUUUUUUUGGUUAUAAAAGAACUGUUGUUUUAUUAUUUGGGCUUUUGCAUUUGUAGUGCUUGCUGUAUUCAGAUUAAAGAUCUUGCAUCAGAAUGUAAAUCUACACACUGCUUCCUUCAUUGAAUAAGUCUUUCUACAAAAAUAUCAGCUGAACUAUACAGUGUGCUUAGUGAUGUGGUACAAAUUGUGAAUUA